UUACAACGCACACUUCUAAUCUUUUAGUGCUGCGGGCCUGAAGAUCCUGCCUUGCCUCUUCCAUUUAAGUCACUUGCAUUGUCAGAAGCGCCCCAUCUGCCCGAGUCUCCGUCCACCGGCAACAGAAAGCAACAGCCGCCGCUCGCUCAGUCCGUGCUUCUCAUCUGCAAAAAAACCGCCCUUCUCCGCCCACGCCCUGGAUGAUUACUUCCCUCUACAGCAUUCACCAUGUUGGCGGUUGAGAAACACUGGAUUAAUGUACAGCAGAAGACUUUUACAAAAUGGCUCAACGACAAGUUGAAAGUCCGAAGAAUCUUUAUCGAUGAUCUAGUCGUCGACCUCUCCGAUGGCGUCAUCCUUAUCCAUCUACUCGAAAUUCUCGGCGGAGAAUCGCUCGGCCGCUACGCUUCGAAGCCUAAGCUCCGUGUGCAGAAAUUCGAAAAUGUCAACAAGAGUCUUGACUUCAUCAAAGGACGGAGGAUUCAGAUGACCAAUAUCGGCGCCGAAGAUGUUGUGGACGGCAAUAGAAAGAUCGUGCUGGGUCUGAUCUGGACUUUGAUUCUUCGAUUCACUAUCAGUGACAUCAAUGCGGAGGGUAUGACCGCAAAGGCGGGUCUCCUUCUGUGGUGUCAGCGCAAGACAGCUUGCUACGAAGGGGUGCAAGUCCGUGAUUUCUCUACCAGCUGGAACGAUGGGUUGGCCUUCUGUGCGCUUUUGGACAUCCACCGCCCGGAUCUGAUCGACUUCGAUGCCCUGGAUAAGAAGGACCACCGCGGAAACAUGAAGCUCGCUUUUGACAUUGCUUCCAAUGAAAUCGGGAUCCCUGAUCUGCUUGAUGUUGACGACGUUUGCGAUGUUGCGAAACCGGACGAAAAGUCGCUCAUGACGUAUAUCGCCUACUGGUUCCACGCCUUCUCGCAAUUGGAACGGGUUGAGAAUGCCGGACGUCGGGUCGAGAAGUUCAUCAACAACAUGCACGGUGCCUGGGAGAUGCAGAACUCUUACGAGCGGAGGAUGAAGGAGCUGCUGCGGUUGAUUGCCGCGCAACGCGAAGCGUGGAAGACAGCGUCCUUCGAGGGUACGUACAAGGAUGCGAAAGAGCAGGCUCACCAAUUCUCUCUGUACAAGAGAAACCAGAAGCGCCAAUGGGUGGCCGAAAAGUCGGAUCUUGCGGCUCUUCUGGGAAACAUCAAGACUAAACUCAGCACUUAUCGUCUCAAACCAUACGAACCUCCAGCUGAGCUUAGUCUGGAGGUUUGCGAUGAGCAAUGGGAGGGUUUGACCCGCGACGAGCACGAGCGUAGCCAACUCAUCAACGAAACGAUCCGAGAUAUCAAGAAUGCGCUCCGUCGUUCGUUCGCGGACAAGGCAAACGACUUCGCAUUGACACUUAAGACGCUGUCCCUGGCUAUAUCUGGUCUUGAUGGCGAUGUAGAAGACCAACUAGCCCAUGUCAAGAGACUCAAUGAUAACCUUCCUCCCCUCGACGCAUUCCUAGAUACUAUCGCGGCUUUGGACGAACAGUGUGCGGAAGCCAACAUUGAAGAAAACGAUUGGACGACAUACACCCUAGAUGAGCUUUCCUACGAGUUGAGUUUGGUCAAAUCGAGCAUCUCCAAGAAGCUGGCUUUCCUCGACAACCAACUCGUCGCCCGCAACAUGACCAACCUGACCCCCAUCCAGUUGGAGGAGUUCGAGUCGGUCUUUAGACAUUUCGAUCGCGACUCAUCGAAUACACUUCUUGAGCUCGAGUUCUCCGCUGCACUUGCAAGUCUGGGACUUGUGUACGACGAGGAGGAGAUGCAUCAGGUUUACCUUGAGACAUGUGGCCCAGCUCGGUUAGCUCAAAAUGCCGGUGUCAGCUUCGAGCAAUUCAUCCAUUUCAUGGUCAGCGUGGUGGAAGAUCAGAAUUCCGCCGAGCAGGUCUUGCAGAGUUUCCGAGAAGUCGCAGAUGGCAAGCCAUACGUGACCGAAAUUGAUUUGCGACACUCCCUUAUCCCCGACGAGGUCAUUGAUCACCUUGUACAGACAAUGCCACCACAUCAAGGCCCCGACUUGCAGGAGGAUCGCGAUCUCCCCAAAUAUGACUACAUCAGCUUCAUGGGCAAGAUGAUGGAGUACAAUGAGACCCAAUCGAACACACCUGCCAAUGGUGAAAGCUAAUGACUACUUGACCAUUCUUCCAUCAUCCCCUCUCCUUUUUCUUUUAUUGCAUGAUUGGCUGCAUUGCACAUCCGGUGUUCCUCUGUUUCGCUUUCCUUUUUCCAUAUCCAUAUCAUCUGCCGGACAUUGCUGUUAAAGGUUGCGAUUGGUGUUAUCUGGAGCACAAAAAAGAGGGUCCUCUUCAAGGUUCGUUGUCAUUCCAGAUAUGUACGAUUCUUUCUCUGUGUGGG